CCUUUCUAUCCGCCACGGCUCGGCUCGGCUCGGCUCGGCUCGGGCGGGCUCCCGCGGCGGGGCUUAGGCGGGCUGGCGCCGCCAUGGUUUAAAGUCCCGCGGGAGGAAGCUAGCGGGCGAGAGCCAUGAACCUGCUGCCGGCCAACCCGCACGGCAACGGGCUGCUGUACGCCGGCUUCAACCAGGACCACGGAUGCUUUGCAUGUGGAAUGGAAAAUGGAUUCCGAGUUUAUAAUGCAGAUCCACUCAAAGAAAAAGAGAAACAAGAAUUUCCGGAGGGCGGUGUUGGCCACGUGGAAAUGUUAUUUCGCUGCAACUAUUUAGCACUCGUAGGAGGAGGAAAGAAGCCCAAGUACCCUCCUAACAAAGUAAUGAUCUGGGAUGACCUGAAGAAGAAGACUGUCAUUGAGAUAGAAUUUUCUACAGAAGUCAAAGCAGUUAAGCUGCGAAGAGAUAGAAUUGUGGUAGUCCUGGAUUCCAUGAUUAAAGUUUUCACAUUCACACACAAUCCCCACCAGCUGCACGUCUUUGAAACCUGCUACAACCCUAAAGGUCUCUGUGUCCUUUGUCCAAAUAGUAAUAAUUCCCUCCUUGCGUUUCCUGGAACACACACUGGGCACGUGCAGAUCGUGGAUCUGGCCAACACAGAGAAGCCUCCCGUGGACAUACCUGCUCACGAAGGCGUCCUGAGCUGCAUAGCAUUAAACCUGCAGGGAACAAGAAUUGCAACAGCAUCAGAGAAAGGGACCCUCAUAAGAAUAUUUGAUACUUCAUCAGGGCAUUUAAUCCAGGAGCUACGCAGAGGAUCACAGGCGGCCAAUAUAUACUGCAUUAACUUCAAUCAGGAUGCUUCCUUAAUCUGCGUAUCCAGUGACCAUGGCACAGUACAUAUUUUUGCUGCAGAAGACCCCAAAAGAAAUAAGCAGUCAAGUUUGGCCUCUGCCAGCUUUCUCCCUAAGUACUUCAGUUCCAAAUGGAGUUUCUCCAAAUUUCAGGUUCCCUCAGGCUCUCCGUGCAUUUGUGCCUUUGGAACAGAGCCAAAUGCUGUCUUAGCAAUAUGUGCAGAUGGCAGCUACUACAAGUUCUUGUUCAACCAAAAAGGGGAAUGCUCAAGGGAUGUCUAUGCUCAGUUUCUCGAAAUGACCGAUGACAAGCUUUGACUGAAGUGAGGGAGUGCACAGGUCAAAGUACUGCCUUGGCUAUUCUGCAUCUUUGGGAGGACAGUAUAUGAAUGUCCAAUGCUGAUCAAGAAGUUUAGCAGACCUCAGUGAGAAGCCUGGCCCACCACGAUCGGAACAAGCUCUGAAGUAGGGGACUACAUUUGUUUAUUCUCAUUUCUGCAAGCUUUCAUCAUUAAAAUCUCUUUGGAUUACUGUCAUCAAUUCAAGUUUUCAAGUUGUGGCUUUCAAAAAGCUUGUGCCUAUUGGGUUUCUCUUUAAACUGUGAAAUGACUUCAGUUAAAACACGAGUGCCUGCCACACUGAAAGAUCUGCAGGGCGCUGUGCAAAUGUCAGGACUAGCCUUAGAAAAAGGGAUGUGAAAGCAGAAGAUUUUAGGCAGUGCCGGAAGUGGGGGGCAAUACUUCCACUCAAACCCAAAUAUAACUCCACCAGCCGGGCUACAAAAGGACUUCAGCCUUUCCCCUUUCCCUGAACACAUCUCAGUGUACCAGAGGAGAGGUGCGUAGCCAGAAAAGACUGGAGCUUGAGCCGUGUUGGUUGGCUGGGGGUCGUCCUGUGGCUGCAGCCCACUGCUUGUGUCCACCUGCCCACAGUGGCUGAGUUGAAUGAUCAGCACUAAUGGUCAAAAGGUGCCAAACUGUACAUAGUAGCUGAAGGCACAUUUAGGCAUUUGCUGACCCAACUAACCUCUCCUCAGUGCGUGGAGCAAGCAGCCAGGACACGGGCAUGGGGAACUCCUGCAGCUGUAGAGGCAGUUCCUUCUGUAAGGGAACAGCCGUUCCAGGUUCAAAAGGAAAAACCACCACCCGUGGUCCUGCUGUCACAGCUGUACAGAUUGCUUGGAAAAUUCCUGUACUUCAACUGGAAGAGUGGAGUGGCUGCUUACGCAUCCAGCGCAAUACAUGAACCAGGUGGCACAGAGCAGCUGCUCUGCACUGGCUUUAAAUGUGCAAAGUUGUUUUUUUUUCUUUGAGAUGUUGUACUGCAUUACGUUUACCUUAGGAGGGGUAGGUUAGAAUAAAUCAGUUGCAAACUCUUUCCCCAGGUUGUGCAGCAGUUAAGAUUUAAUGCUGGGUUAAGGCACAAAAUACUAAACUAGGAACUGAAAUAGACACAAGCUCUCGGCACUUGGGGGAGGGAAGUCUUGCUCUUCUGAAAUUUAAUUUCACAGAUGCUUCAAAUCUGACAUCCCAGUUCACAUUAAGAUUGUUUAGGUGCAGACUCUCUACAUUUGACAGUUUCUUUUAGUGUCAUGUAACAUACUGAGGACUAACUUCUACGCAGACUUCGAUGUCAAGGUUGCAUGUUGCUUUUAUGUGUAUUUAAUCACAAAUUGUUUUGCACACUUAUUUGUAAUAUGUUAUUUCUUUUAAAUAAAAGUGACUAAUUUUGCUGUACUCACGAUCACACCCAAAGUUCCUAUUGCUGCAGGCUUUAGGGAAUAUUUAGCUGAGCAAACAGUGCUGGAUGGUAGAGGACAAACAGAUUUGUGCUGCUUGGAGCCUGGUAAUGCAGGCCAUGAAGUGCAGAGAUUGCUGCCUAGGAAAUGCUGCUAUUUAUACCAGAAAGAGACCAUCUCAGCACCAGUCCCACUUCCAGUGCAAACCAGUGCUGUUCUGGAUCCCUACUGCAUCACUGUUUACUGCACCAUCCCUAUGUGCUGCUGUUCUGAAGCUCACCCUUAACUGCUGCAUUAGCAGAAUGACUGGACUGCGGUCUCCCAGGAGCAGGGCAGGAAGCCAUCAGAAACUGUUCUGUAAGGAUGAUCCUUUCCCUCUGCCUCAGCAACAUGCACUGCAGAGAGCUGCUCGUGCUCAGUCAGCUGCACAAAGCAAGGAAAUGACUUUAACUAAACACGAAGCCUUCUGCACACUGCCUUGAAGGUUUCACCUCUCAUCAUCUACUGAAGCACCAUCCCCUGACCUUCCAUUCAAUCAACCAUAGCGGUGACCAGAAAGACUAUGAGCAGACUGCCUGGAUAAUUAAAGCUCUUCCAAACAUAAAAUGUUCCCUGUUCUGGUGUGACACCAACUACAAACCCAAACACUGACAAACUGACAACUGAAUCCAUAGCACAUGGCUAAAUAUACUGACUGCAGUGCCACGGCCUCGUUCUACAUCUUUACAGCCAUUGAAAAUGAGUUAAAAAUAGGUCUUCCCACCUGCUGCAGGCUGCAGGCUGCUCAGCCAGUGCUUCCUUACAUCACUUUUGGGCGCAGAACAUGAAGUACAUCAUUCUAACUGAAAACGAUUGCAGUAAAAGCAAUACUUGAUCAACGUACCUCUACAACCACAUUAACAGUAUUUUAGCUGCUCUCUCCAAAAGGUUGAAGAACGAGACCACGUCUCCACCCUGCUGAUUUAUUUACGGUACUGCACUGCUGAAGCAUCCAGUUACACUGAAGCUCAGAACUAACAGUGGCACCAGCACAGCCCCCUGCGCUGCCUCACAGCGACACUCACCCGUGUUCCAGCUCUGACAAAGACACGCUCUGGUCCUCCUGGGCAGGCUGUCAGGACUUGCUUUGUUCACAUGGAGGAGCACGCAGUGAACACAAGGCAACUGAAGGACCAGAGUGAGCAACCGGCUCCUUGCGAGCAAGGCAAGCAGUCAGAAGUCUGUUCUACGUGACAAAAGAGGAUUAAAUACAUUUCAAAAUGACAAAUUGUCAGCUGGAGGUGAGCAUCACCAUCCACAGAUCCAAUAGCUUUUAUUCCUUUCAGUGCAGCUGCCUGUGGUGCAGGCUGCAUCUGCUGGCAGUCAGGAGUAAGGUGCACAUUUGGUCAGUCUAAAGUUACCGCUAUUCCUGAAAAGCAGCGUUUCCACCAGCAGCAGGAUUUCAGUUACUGUCAUCUUAGGUUUUGUCUGUUAUUUACACGUAACCAAACACCACCUCUUCCUCGUUUUCUUCUCUCUUUCCAUAGUGGCUGUGUCACGCCACUGUCCUGAAAGGAAAACUAGAUUAGCAAUUAAUUUCCAGGUAAUUCCAAGUAUUUGCCAGCAGGCACCAGAAGCCACAGCCACAUCUGUGCCAAAAUCCAAUCCCUGAGCUACCGCCGCUCUCUGGCUGCAUCCCUGACCUCAGCACCAAAUGCCAGCACGGGGUUCUCAUGGAUUAAGAUGAGGAAAGAUAGGGAGAAAAAAAAUUAAAAAAAAGCAGGUUGGGCUUGAACAUUAGCUGGGAAAGAAACCAGCUGCACAAAGAUGAACAUGGCGGUUAAAGCAGGCCCUGCACUUCCCAACUUCAGAUGCUCUCUUUAUCGAUUAAUUUUGUGUCAGGCUUUGAAGCAAAACAAUCAUUUCAGGAAGCUCCACAGACCUAGGCAAAAUAUUACAGCUUAUUAUUAUGUAAUAAACGAAGGCCUCACUCUACAUACCAAGCAACUGAGGAUUCGCAGUAAGAAUGUUAUACCAUGUAGUUAAGACAAGUACAGAAAGGUUAAUGGAAGCACUGGAUGUGGUGUAAAUGCUGCUGCGUAUCUAUCUCACAACUAUCAAAUUCACACUAUCUAAAUCAAAGUCUGUAUCAGUGACUUCCAACCUCUUCCAACCAAAACUUACCUUUUUUGGGAAACCAGAAUCAAUUUACAACAACAUUCUAACACAGACUGUUACCUGAAGUUCCACUUAUGGAGUGAGGUAAUUGUAAAAGCUCCAAGUUUAAAAUGAACCUGCAUUACAAAUACCAUCAAAGGGAACAUAGAAGUCCUCCCAGCUUUGCCUCCCAGCCAACAGCGUGCGCUGCAAAGCACUUCCAAAGCAGGAGUGCUCUCAGGUGUGAGAGGGAAUAGCAUCAUAUUUACCUGCACCAUCAGAAGGAAGGCCGGCACGAGGAGGGCUGCUGCUGUUGUGCUUCACAUGCUGAGAUAAUUGCAGAGGGUGGGCGAGGAGACGGUGCAGCAACUCCAAACUGAGACAACGCACUGACCAGAAGCAGCUUUUCUUCCCAGCCCAUCCACAGCCCUCUGGCUCUCAUGGAAGACUCAGCGUUGCUUUGCUGUAUGAGACACCCCACAACCCCAUGACGACAUCCAGCACGAGGACAGAGCUGUCACACCCAAAGGCAAAGAUGUCAUCUGUCCAGAUGCCGCCUCCUUCCCCAUCCCCACAUUGGUGCUGGCUGCAUCUGGGGCCACAACACAGAAACAAACCGGGUGGGAAGGCUGGGAGCUACGUCACGGAAGGACACAACAUGCUGGCAGUGCAGAUAAAGGCAUCUGUCACCAGAAUUAGAUGCGUGGUUGGGUCUGCUGUAUAUCAGAAUUCUGAAUCUGUUUUAGAAAGGGAGGGGCAGGGAGGAAAGCAACCAGACACGAUGAAAAUUAGAUCAGAUUCCUGAAUCUUUUACACCUUGCAGCAAACCCAAUGACAGGCAAUGAAAAUCAGGGCAGCUCUAAAGAAAAUUAAGCUGGGUUGUUGUUUCUUUGUUUUUUAAGUUGUCCUUAAAUUCCAAUUAGAACACUGUAUGUUGUUUGCUUACACCCAACCAUUUUCAAGGACUACACAUAAGCUUUCAGCAGAUGGAACACCAAACUGGCUGCGCAGGAGCACAAAAGGAAAUCACACCAAGCACUGCAAAACAUACAAGUUAACAGACAGGUGACAUCAACCCUAGAGAGGUCAAAUCUUCAUAAGCAAGAACCAUCUCAAGAAAUUUUCUGUUUGCAAAAGAAAAACCACAUUGAUUCCAGGAGUCCAUGGCUGAGAGCAAUUUCAGAAAGGUCAGGAGCAUCAGCUGAAACACAGCCGUGUGACAGCUGCGCCAUUCAGCCUGCAAUACCGCGUGGGAAGCACUGCUGUACCAACGAGGGGAAGCACACAGCUGCAUACACAGCAGGGUGCAACACCCUGGAACAGCCCCACUGCCCAGCCUGGUGCCAAGCGAGGCAGAGGAACCUGCACCCGACAAACAGACGAGAGAUGAUCCCAAAGGUCAGCAUCACCACAAACACGGCGCUGUACGGAAAAGGUGAGCGGUCUUCUCCUAUUGCACGGCUUUACUGAAGGGUUUCUCCAUCCGAGCAAAGCUCCAAACCCCACACAACCAAUGUGUGCCACCAGCAGCACUACAGAACGGGGCCCAAAGCACAUCCACACAUCCCUGUGCUCAGAGUCCCAGCUGCUGCCACACCAGCAGCGCUUCCUCAGCGCCGCCGGCAGCCUCUGCACCGUCAGCACGACGUUGCACGUGUUGCACGGUUGUCAAACACACUUGUUGAGUCAUUCCAACUUAGUUAAUUUGCUGAAUAAAAUUUAAUUUUAUUUAAAAAAAUCUUAUACACUAUUAUUCACCUAGCCCUAGUUGUGAACAGAUUCUCACUUCUGAAAAUAAACCACAUUCUAAUCGAUUCAUUCAACACCAAAUUAAAUUACUAGUACUGGAUUUUGUUUUCUUAAAAAAAGUAUGUUAAAACUUUACUUUUUUAUUUUUAAAACCUCUAAAGAAAAUCUUGCAGUUUUACAGAAAUGGUUUUUUUUCAGGUUACGCUCUUUGUUUUAAAUGCCUGUUAUAAAUUCAGCUUGUGUAGAGUUCUGUUGUUGGUUUUUUUAAAUAGAUUUUUAAUAUGUAUUAUCUGCAGAGACAUCAUUGUAACAGUUCCAUUUUGUGGAUGAACACAAAACUUGUACAGAUUUCUCGUAUUUGGUCUUUAGGUAAAUAGUUCCAAAAGCUGCCUCAAUAAACCACUCCAAACUGUUCAGUCCGUCGAGAAAACACAGUUCUUUUCCUUUCGUAGCGGAAAAGGAAAUAUAAAUAAUGCAUCAUUAUUACAGAAAGUGACAAAAAUCAGGUUCAAAUCAAGCCAGCUGUGCAGCGCUCACUCACCGUGCUGCGAGAAGAAAUAAGACAUGAUGUGAACUGAAGACUGAACAGCAGCCUCGCGCUCAGCUCGCGUUUUUUACUGUAAAGUGGAAUCUAUUACCACAAUUAAAGUGAGAAAUUGCCACUACAUUUUAAAAUGUUCAACUGCAGAACACACACUUAAGUCUUCUUUAUUGUAAUCAUUCGGUAGCCACUGUUAGAAAACCACAACAGCUACUGUGGAUGGAGACCCGGGUCAGUGUUUGACAUCAGAAGUGUUACGGAGAAAACUGGUCAGAUUAAUUCCUACAGAUGGGUGCUUAAGCUUAAAAAUAUCGAAUAUACCUCUGACAAGAUAAUUUUAACUCUCUUUUUAAAAGGACUCGUGAUAAAGAAUUUUAUCUUUUCUAAAUGAAGAACAGUCUGUUAUCUUAAACAUACACAAUAUUAAGCGAGACUCUCGUUUUACUUUAGACUGGAAAAAUAUGCCAGGGACAGUCAAAGUCAACACAAAGUAACAAACAGCAAAAGGUAGCAGAGAGAGAAACAGAUAAGUGCAGCUCUGGUCAAAUUCAUAGCAGUUCUUUACGUCAGUUAACGGCUCAUUUACAUCGUAAUUUCUAAUCAGUUACAUGCAAGCCCAAAGAAGCAUUUGAUCACUACACAUGGUAAUAAAAUUUGAUUAAAUUUAUCAGGCAACUGCUAAAAUAUGAAAAUUUGCAGAUGUAAUAAAGUAGCUUUAUCUGAACUUUAAGAGGACAGACAAAAGUAAAUCAUUCCGUCGGUUAAAAAAACCCUACAUUCAGUUUUUUACCAAACAAAAUUUCACAUGAAAAGUAUUGUGUGAUUCCAAAGUUUCCGGAGUAGAAAUGGAGUGAUUUGAAAUGUCAAAGACCCCAUCGUUUUGCAAAGAAAUGAAAAUACACCUCAAAAAUUUCUAAUUCCACAUGUGAACAACAAAAUACUGCAUAUCUACCAACAACUGCAUUGGGUAGGUCAUUAUGAAAGGCUAGCUGCCAAGAUGUAGGAAAUGGCUCCUUGCCUCUGUUCCCUUUGAGGAAUAUACAAUCGUUUGAAACCAGUUCACACUAAGCGCUUAUCAUGCUGCCGUUACACUGAGAUGCUCAGUCCUUAAAAUCAUCUGAUAAAGACUUUUUUAAAGCUGCAGCCCUCCCCAGCACUGUACUUCUCAGCGCACACAGUUCAUAGGGGCAGGGAGGAGCGGGGUCACAGCCUCUGGAACAACAUGUUUUGCAGUUUGACUUUAAGUUACCAAGUUUUAAGGCCACCUGUGUUGGUUUAUUUUUCAGUGCUGAACGUUGAAGUCUGAUCACAGGGCCCCUUUCCCCACUGCGUGAGAACAUGUUCCAAGAUUUUAGGUGUUAUAUUUAAGUGUCUCCUUUUGGCACCACGGAGUUUGUUGUUGGUUUUUUUUUUUUUGUGUGUGUUUUUUUGUUUUUGUUUGUUUAAAAAAAAAAAAAAAAAGAAAGAAAGAAAGAAA